AUGCCUCCACCUCCUCACGCGAAGCCUGAGAAUAUUCUCAAGGUUUGUCGGCGUCCUUGCGCCCCGCAAUCAUGCCCCCCUUCUGCUGUUUGUUCUAUGAUAGAUCCAAUGCAAAUCUAACCCUUUUCUCAAAUUUUAUAGCGAGCCCAAGAGCUUGUUGCCGUCAACAAGAAUUUGAGUGCUCUUGAACUUCUCCACGAACAUGUUACGGCCAAAAGAUCGCGACUUUCACCCAUCGCUUCACUGGAGCCUGUCAUGGUGCUCUUUGUGGAGCUCUGUGUCAGCCUCAGAAAAGGAAAGACGGCAAAGGACGGGCUGUAUCAGUACAAGAAUAUCGCCCAGAAUAGUAGUGUCCAGACGAUUGAGGUUCGUGGAUGGCCUUGCGACUCGUCCUUAUUCGACGAUGUAUAUGACUGAUUGAUGCUGUAUAGAUGGUUCUUCGUAAAUUCAUCGAACUUGCCGAGACAAAGGUUACCGAAGCCCAGGAACGGGCGGAGCAAAUCACUUUGGAUGCAAUCGAUGACCUCGAGGCCUCCGAGACACCAGAGUCUAUCCUCCUCUCCACGGUUUCCGGCGAACAAUCCCGGGAUCGAACGGACCGGGCCGUUGUCACGCCAUGGUUGAAGUUUCUUUGGGAGACUUACCGUACUGUCCUCGACAUCCUCCGCAACAAUGCGCGACUUGAGAUUAUGUAUCAGAGCACGGCCCUGCAGGCGUUUCAAUUUUGCUUGAAAUAUACCCGGAAGACCGAAUUCCGGAGGCUCUGUGAACUUCUCCGAAACCAUGUUCAGAAUGCUGCGAAAUACUCGACUCAGAUGCACGCCAUCAACCUGAAUGAUCCCGAUACCCUCCAGCGCCACCUUGAUACCCGCUUUCAACAACUCAACGUUGCGGUCGAACUUGAGCUGUGGCAGGAGGCUUUCCGCUCUGUGGAGGAUAUCCAUACUCUCCUCAAUCUGAGCAAGAGACCUGCCAAGAACAUCAUGAUGGCCAACUACUACGAGAAGCUGACUAGGAUCUUCUUGGUUUCCGACAAUUAUCUUUUCCAUGCCGCGGCCUGGAGCAGGUACUACAAUUUGCUCCGGACUAGCGCUGCUCAGGUUGCUGCGGGGCCUGCUUCGGCGAAAAAAGACUUCCCCGCUGCCUCCGAUGCAGAUCUCUCGCGCGCAGCUUCUCUCUAUCUCCUUGCUGCCCUUUCCAUCCCGGUGAUCAGUCAGGCCCGAUCCAAGGGUGCCCUUCUCGACGUCGAUGAAGCAAAGAGAAACAAGAAUACCCGCUUGACGAAUCUCCUCGGCAUGGGUAGAGCACCUACCAGAGCUGCCUUAUUCAAGGAUGCGAUUAGCAAGGGCGUCCUUAGGCGUGCUAGACCGGAAAUCAGGGAUCUGUAUACUAUCCUUGAGGUUGAUUUCCAUCCUCUAAGCAUUUGCAAGAAGAUCUCCCCUAUAUUGAUUCAGGUCGCUGCGGAGCCCGAUAUGAAGCCCUAUGUUGUCCCUCUUCAACAGGUCAUCCUCACUAGACUGUUCCAACAGCUCUCUCAGGUUUAUGACACCAUUCAACUGAGCUUUGUCAUUAACCUUGCGUCCUUCCCCGAGCCAUUUGAGGUUACUCCUUCUAUUAUUGAGAAGUUUAUCAUGAACGGGUGCAAGAAGGGUGAUUUGUCGAUUCGUAUUGAUCAUGCCGCGGGUGUUCUCACAUUUGAGUCCGAUAUAUUCUCGUCCACCAAGCCCUUGCACCCUGGCUCGGUGAUUGGAUCAGCCGAAAGGGAGACGGGUUCUGUCCAGAAACUCCAGAGCACCCCCUCGGAGAUUGUUCGUAGCCAACUCUCUAGACUCGCAAAAGCACUCUAUCUCACCUGCUCACAUGUCGAUCCCGAUUUCCAACGGUACCGUUUGGAGGCCAAGGCUGUGGCCUAUGCCAGGGCCCAGGCCGGUGCUCAGGAGGAGCACGAGGAUACACUUGCUCGACGGACCAUCAUCGAGAAGAAGAAGGAGGCUGCCGAGAGCGCUCUCCUUAAGAAGGAGAAAGAGGAGGCCCAGCAACGUCUGAUUAGAGCGGAAGAAGCCCGCGCUGCAGAGGCCGCUCGUGCUGCAGACCAACAGAAGAAACGCGAGCUGGAGAGAAUGAGGCAGGAGCAGGAGAAGAUUCGGAAAGAGGAACUCAAAAAACAACUGGACGAGCUUUCACUUGAUGCUAAGAUUGAUGUCGAGAACCUCGAGGAUCUUGAUAGCAGUCAAUUGAGAGCGAUGAAACUCGCCCAGUUGGAGAAGGAGAAGAGGGAGAUGGCCUCGAAGCUCAGGAUAACUGGGAAGAGGAUUGACCAUCUUGAAAGAGCGUUCCGUCGUGAGGAGGUUAAUGUUUUGCCCGAGGACUUGGAGAGGCAGAGGGCAGAUGAUCUGGCUGCGUAUGAGAAGAAGAGGCGAAUUACCCUCGAAAAUUCCAAGAGACAACACGAACAGGCAGUUGCGCUAAAGAAGCGGCUUAGUAGGCUUGUGCCUAUAUAUGAGACUUUCAGGGAGGAGAUUAAGCAACAGAGGCACCAGGAAUUCGAGUCAAGACGCAAGUCUGCCCAGAAGAAGCUUGAGGCUGAGAUGGAGAAGCGACGCCGGGAUAUCCGUGCUGCUAAGGAACGGGAGAGAAAGGAAGCGGAGGCCGCCGAAAGAAGAAGGGUGGAAGAGGAGGAGAGGGUACGCAGAGAGGAAGAGGAGAAGGUCCGGAAGGAAGCGGAGCUGCGUGCUAAGAUGGCGGAGGAUAAGGCAAAGCGUGAAGAGGAACGGAAGUAGGCUAACUUUUACUCCCUGGUUAUCUGGGGUGAUUAUACUAAUUCGCGCUGUAGGAGACUUGACGAGAUGGCCGCCAAACAACGCCAACGUGAGCAGGAAGUCGAAGAACGCAGGAUCCGUGAGAGAGCAGAGCGUGAGAAUCCCAGACGAGCCGCCCCCCACGAAGAGGCGCCUGCCACAGAAGUGCCAGGAUCUCGACCCUGGGCUGCCGGCCCCAGGGCUGGCGGUUGGCGUGAUCGUGAGCAGGUAAAGAGGACCGGCGAUUCCGCACCUCUUAACGGAGCCAGGGAUAAGGAAAGGGACGGAGAUAGCGCCAACGCAUCCCCAGCGCCUGCUGGCGAGCGCAAGAAGCUGAACCUUGCUCCGAGGACUCUUCCGAGGGAGGAUUUCCCAGUGCCACCUCAGCUCACCGAGCGUACUGCCGAGCGUGGGGCCUCUCCGUCUCAAGACGCCGCCGCACCGAAGCCGAACGUUUAUAGACCCCCUCCUCUCAGCGGCCGUACACUCCAGCCUGGCCGCCCCGCUUCCCCAGCCAGCGGUGGAGAGGCUGACAGCUCGAAGGUCGAGAAAUGGGUUCCACGCCACCGUCUCGGGGGAGCCAGAAAGGAGGGUGAGAGUAGCGAGAGGAGGGGCGGCGGAGGUGGUUGGGGGUCAAAGAACUAA